CAGCAGCAUGAGUCUCAUGGCCACGCCAAUGCCCCCAGCGGCCACGGCGCCAUCCUCUUCGGCCAGCAGCGGUAGUGGUUCCUCCACUCCUGCCCCGGCCAACAAUAACAACAACAACAAUAACCUGCCGUUUGAAAAGGACAAGAUCUGGUACUUUAGCAACGAGCAGUUGGCCAAUUCACCCAGCCGAAGAUGCGGUAUCAAGGGCGACGAUGAGCUGCAAUACCGCCAGAUGACCGCCUACCUAAUCCAGGAGAUGGGCCAGCGUCUGCAAGUGUCACAGCUGUGCAUCAACACGGCCAUCGUGUAUAUGCAUCGAUUCUAUGCGUUCCACUCAUUUACACACUUCCAUCGGAAUUCGAUGGCCUCGGCUAGCCUGUUUUUGGCCGCCAAGGUGGAGGAGCAACCAAGGAAGCUGGAGCAUGUGAUUCGGGCCGCCAACAAGUGCCUGCCGCCGACCACCGAGCAGAACUAUGCCGAUCUCGCCCAGGAGCUUGUCUUCAAUGAGAAUGUGCUGCUACAGACGCUCGGCUUUGAUGUGGCCAUCGAUCAUCCGCACACGCAUGUUGUGCGCACCUGCCAGCUGGUCAAAGCAUGCAAGGAUCUGGCGCAGACCUCGUACUUCUUGGCCUCGAACAGCCUGCAUCUGACCUCCAUGUGCCUGCAAUAUCGACCCACGGUGGUGGCCUGCUUCUGCAUUUACCUCGCCUGCAAGUGGUCCCGCUGGGAGAUACCGCAAUCCACCGAGGGCAAGCACUGGUUCUACUAUGUGGACAAGAGCGUCUCGCUGGAUCUGCUCAAGCAGCUGACGGACGAGUUCAUAGCCAUCUACGAGAAGAGUCCGGCGCGUCUCAAGUCCAAACUCAACUCGAUCAAGGCGAUUGCCCAGGGUGCCAGCAAUCGGACAGCCUCCAAGGAUAACAAGCCCAAGGAGGACUGGCGGGUGAGUGAGAUGAUGAAGGGAUAUCACUCGAACAUUACGCCGCCGCCAGAGCUGGUCAAUGGCAACGACAGUCGUGAACGGGACAGGGAUCGGGAGCGGGACAGGGACAGGGAGCGUGAACGAGAGCGUGAUCAGUCGUCCUCAUCGCUAUUGCCGCCACCGGCGAUGGUGCCGCAGCAGAGACGAUCGGAUAGCAUACACCAGCGUUCGUCCUCGGUGUUGGGUGUAUCGGCCAACGGCUCAUCCUCCUCAUCAUCAUCGUCGUCGUCCUCAAAUCACAAGUUGCCAAACUACCAAGGCGGCAUGCCACCUGACCAGCAUCCAGAUCACAAGUCCAAGCAGCCGGGCUACAGCAAUCGCCUGCCAUCGAGUCAUCAGCGUAGCAGCAGCAGCGGCGGCGGCGGGCUAAGCUCCUCGAGCAGCAGCAGUAGCAGUCAAAGGAGCAACUCUUCAUCCUCGUCGUCGAGUCAGCCUGGUCGUCCCUCUCUGCCGGUGGACUAUCACAAAUCAUCGCGCGGCAUGCCGCCGGUGGGUGUGGGAGGCAUGCCACCUCAUGGCAGCCACAAGAUGCCACCGAGCUCCUCUAAGCCUCAGCAGCCGCCGUCGCAGCAGCAGCUACCGCCGCCCAAUCAUCCAUCCGCCUCAAAUUCUUCUUCGGCCUCAUCGAGCAUGUCCUCCAAGGACAAGUCGCAAAGCAGCAGCAGCAGCAGCAAGAUGUAUCCGAAUGCACCGCCUCCAUACAGCAAUAGUGCUCCUCCUAAUCCCUUGAUGUCGCGCGGCGGCUAUCCUGGGGCCAGCAGCAGCAGCAAUGGGGCACAGCCUCUGCCUCAGGCUGGCUAUGGCAGCAGCCACCGCAGCAAAUCCGGCUCCACCGUCCACGGCAUGCCGCCUUUUGAGCAGCAGCUACCCUAUUCCCAGAGCCAGGGCUACGGUCACAUGCAGCAGCAGCAGCAGCAGGUGGUGCCUCCUCCUCAACAGCAGCAGCAGCAACAGAUACCACCUGAAGCACAGCUGCCGCAGCAGCAGUCCAAGAUGUCCCUCUUCAGUCCCGAGUGGCCCGACAUCAAGAAGGAGCCCAUGGCGCAGCCAUUUAAUGGUCUGCUGCCACCACCGCCUGCGCCUCAGGGUCAUGACUACAAGCUGAACAAUCAUCCGCGCGACAAGGAGAGUCCCAAGAAGGAACGCCUCACGCCCACCAAGAAGGACAAGCAUCGUCCUUCCGCCAUGCAGAUGAGCAGCAGCAGCAGUAGCAGUAGUUCCUCAGGCUCCUCGAAGUCCAUGCUGCCUCCCCACAAGAAGAUGUUGCCACAUGGCGGCCCCGGUGAUCUCCUAGUGCCCAAUCCCGGCGAAAGCGGCAGCAGCCUGAAGCGAGCCAACGAGAUUUCUGGCAGCCAGUAUGGUCUAAACAAGCUGGAUGAGCUGGACAGCGCUGCUCAGCAACCGCGGGAGAAGCUGCGCAAGCUGGAUAACACCACAGGAUUGCCUGCUUAUUCCAGCUACGAGGAGAAACACACGCCUCUGAACAUGUCCAAUGGAAUUGAGACCACACCGGAUCUAGUGCGCAGUCUGCUGAAAGAGAGCCUGUGUCCCACGAACACCUCGCUACUCAAGCCGGACCCCUUGACCAUGCCUGGUCUCAAGCCACCAGCUGAGCUGCUGGAACCCAUACCCCCCACGCCGCCCAUCAAGAAAGAGCCAGGCAUUGCUCCUCUACCCAAUCUAUCGACUGUGGUGGCGCCACCACCAGCCAUGGAAAUGGAUGUGGUGACCAAGCUGGCCCCUGGCGAGAUCAAGGAGGAGAGCAGCAGCAGCAAGUCAGAGAAGAAAAAGAAAAAGGACAAGCAUAAACACAAGGAGAAGGAUAAGUCCAAGGAUAAAACGGAAAAGGAGGAGCGCAAGAAGCACAAGAAGGACAAGCAAAAGGAACGCAGCAGCAGCAGUGGUAGCUCUGCCAACAAGGAGGGCGGCUCCACCCUGGCCAAUGAACCGCUGAAAAUGGUGAUGAUUAAGAAUCCCAAUGGCAGCCUGCAAGUGGGAGCCUCGGCGCCGCUAAAGCUUAAGAUAAGCAAGAACAAAGUGGAGCCGAACAACUAUUCGACGGGAGUGGGCAUGCCGGGAGCUACAGGCUAUGGUUUGCCACAGGCUACGGCUACGUCAGGGGCUAAUUAUGGCAGCAGCGGUGGCGGCGGAGGCGGAGGCUAUAGCUCCUCUGGCGGCAGCAGUUCCGGUGGCAGCAGCAAGAAGAAGCACAGCGAUCGUGAUCGCGACAAGGAGAGCAAAAAGAGCAAGGAUUAUGCUAAAUACAAUGGAGCAGGAGCUGGUUCUGGAGGAGGUAUCUUUAAUCCUCUUGGCGGUGCUGGCGCCGCAGCCUCAAUGGUGGGUGGUGGAAUGAAUGCUCCCCUAAUCAGUGCCAUUCCGCCAUCCAUGCUGCUGGCAGGGCCCAACAACAAUGCAGCUCCACUGCCCAUGGGCCUGGCACCGCCCAGCUCGCUGCCCUCCUCUUCCUCCGCCUACAACAAGAAGUAGUAAAGGUAGCAAGUCCCUUUUAUCUUUGAGGGAGAAGCUAGAUGCUAGAAGCUAGUUGUUUAGGAUUGUUUCACUUUUAAUUAAGCCCAAAAAAAAAGAGUAGGUAACUAAGGAAUGCAAAGCGACGAGAGAUGGAAAGUGGAAGCUGAAGAAGGCGAACUCAAAACAAGCGAAAACUUUAUAUUGUACAGCAUUAAUUAAUUUAUAAUUAUAAAUACAUAGAGCAUACAUACACACACACCGUACACACACACACACACACCACAUAAAGCAGACUAGCUUGUAAGAGAUCCGAAUCCGGAGACACAGAACCAUUCUUCUGAACAACCGUCUUAGCAUUUAAGUUAGCAAAUCAAAUACAAUAUAUAUAUAUAUAUGCUGUACAUAGCCACAAAAGAAGAAGAAAUAACCCACAGGAAACUACACACACACACUGAGAGAUAUAUAGUACCGACUUCCGCUUAGCAAAUAUGUAUACCCAAAAAAAAAAAAGAAAAUAGAAGCCAAGACAACGUAAGAGAACUUCAGAAUAACCAAGGAGCGACGUAGAAACGAAAGCCUGCGCUUUGAUUUUAAAUUAAAGACGCCAAAAAAAAAACAAAAAACAAAACAACUACAUGAUAAAUUAUUUAAAUUUAAAUUAAACAAAAACUAGUUGCUAAAGCGAAAGUUAAGAAAAAGGAGGAUGUGGAAGACGAAGUUGUGUAUCUUUAGUUAGAAAAGUUAUUUCCUUUACCUCUCACUCUCUCUCUCUUGAAAGUUUUGUGCCCCCCAAUUUUACCACUUUACCAACCAAUUUCAAAUUUCAAUUUCCUCACAAAAAACACCUAGCAAUAUUUAUCAUAUUUUUUAUUAUUAUAUACAGUAAUGUAUUCUUUGUCAAUGAAGAGAUAACUAAAUAGAGAUCUGAAUUGUUUCAGCUGAGGAUAUUAUGUUUCAAGAUCGCCUGGAACGUGUUGACGUGUAGCUUUCAUUUGUUUUUAAUUUAUUUUUUAAUUGUAGACUUAAGAAACAAAAAACCACAAUUACCACAAACAAAACAAAAAAUA